AAGCUUUCCAUUUGCUCUUUUCCGUUCAUCGGGCCAUCUGCGAAUCUGUUUUCAAGUCCGUAAUAUUCAUCCAGUGGAAUGUAUUGUACACAAGUUAACCUCAUAAUAGGCCUAAUUAUGUUCUGAAAACAUGCUGCUGCGUUUUAUAUCUAUGGCCAUUUUUGCUAUGAUUGAAGCAAAUAAUUGGCUCAUUGAAAACAUCGACAAUACGGGAACUUCUUUUUUAACGCCUGAUCCUGAUUUCUAUCGAAAUGUGAGCGAGCUGAUAACCAGCAAAGGUUAUCCAGCAGAGGACCACAUUGUUCAGACCGAAGACGGUUUUCUACUCUCGGUGCAACACAUAGCUCAUGGACGGAAUGGGCCCAGUACUUUCCAGAGUAAACGGAAGGUUGUUUUUCUACAACACGGCUUCCUAUCGGCCUCACACGAUUGGGUCAUUAACUUUCCUCAUCAAAGCCUAGGUUUCAUUCUAGCGGAUGCCGGUUACGACGUCUGGAUGGGAAAUACUAGAGGAAACACGUACUCGAGGCAGCAUAUUAAAUAUACUCCAGAUAUGAACGAAUUCUGGGAAAACAGCACUUUUUCGGAGAUGGGUUACUACGAUGUUCCAGCUAUGAUCGAUUACGUCUUGAACAUGACGGGUGAGAAGCAACUCUCUUACAUCGGCCAUUCCCAAGGAACUGCUGACUGUUUCGUGAUGUUGUCGGAGAGACCAGAAUACAAUCAAAAGAUAAAAAUCUUCAUUGCCCUGGCACCUAUCUCCAGUGUAGGUUACAUGAAAAAUCCUAUACGCUUCAUCGCUGGCUCCACAGAAAAAUUUGAGUUCUUUUUCAAGCUUUUCAAAUGGAAAGAGUUUCUUUCAAACGGAGCUUUAACAAAAAUCUUCAGCGAGCUGGUGUGCAAUCAGAAGGAACCGGUGGUUUGCAAACUGUUUAUGACUUUAGCGUUUGGAGAAUCGAGUGAGCUUAACUCGACUAGAAUUCAUGUAUAUGCAGCCCAUACUCCUGCUGGUACGUCACUAAAAAGCAUCAUCCAUUACGCUCAGCUGUACCUGUCUGGAAAAUUCGCGAAAUAUGACUAUGGCAAAAAAGGGAAUUUAGCCCACUAUGGCCAGGAAACCCCUCCCGAAUUUGAUUUGUCCCGAAUAACUGCUCCAGUUGCCAUAAGUUGGGCAUCUCACGACAAUUUGGCCGAUCCUACAGACGUCAAACUUUUACUAAAGAAGCUGAAAUCUUCUGUUGAUGUGUAUGAAGUGCCUUACAAACCGUUCAGUCAUAUUGACUUCACGCUAGCUAUACAUGCAAAACAUCUGUUGUACGACAAAGUGUUGGAAUGGUUAAAGAGAUUUUCAUCCUGAAAGGGAAAAAAAUAGUGAUCUUGUUGGCAAGAACUAGCUUUCGGAUGAAAUAUAAAGAUAUGGUACAGAUUUAACUUACUUUUAGUGGCAUAGUUAACUUACUGUAAGUGACACAGGUUUAAUUUACUGUUAAGUGGCGCAGACUUUAUUGUAUGUAGAACAGAAUUAACUUACUUUAAGUGGUACAACCGUAAGUGGCACAGAUUUCACUUACUGUAAAUAGCACAGAUUUCUCUUAUUGUAAAUGACACAGAUUUAACUUACUGUAAGUGGCACAGAUUUAGCUUACAGUAAGUAGCACAGAUUUAACUUACUGUAAGUGGCACAGAUUUAACUUACUAUAAGUGGCGCAGAUUUAACUUACUGUAAGUGGCACAGAUUUAACUUACUAUAAGUGGCACAGAUUUAACUUAUUGAAAGUGGUACUUGGAAGGUAUCUGCUGAACGUAGCAUAAAUACAGUACAGUAGCUUGCAUUGAUAUAUAAAUAUGUAAUUACAAAUACAUCAUUUACACGCUAUCCAAUGUAAAAUAUGAUUGGCUGGAGGUUAUAUAAUUUAGUAAUAGAUAGUUUGUUGCUAAAAUGUACAAAUUCUUAAGAACACCAAUAUCUAGAUAAAUUCUUUUUAUAUAUAUUUCUUUCA